CACGAGUGCUAUUCCUAACAUGGUAUACAGAGCCAGGUUUUAGGUUAGGGUUCGUCUUCCCUCUCCUCAGAUCUCGUGCUUCUGCACUUUGUUGCCGGCUCCUCCUGCCGGUUGUUGCCUCGACGCCGACCUGUUUCGCCGUCAUCUCCGCUCGCUUGCUCGACUUAGUGGGCGUAGAUCUGGCCCGGCGUCGUCUCGUCUCGUCGGCCGCCGUCCGGACCUGCUCCGACGCUGGCUCUCACUGUCGCUGCCGCUUCAUCGCUGGGCGCUCGGUGUAGCCCGGUCGCUGGCUUCGCCAGCCCUUGCGGCUGGCCCUUGCGACGGCUCGUCCUGCCAUGUGUCAAGGCUUGGUGCCUCCCGAUUGGAUCUGAGGUGCCCCGUGAGCUCCCUUUUUUGCUUUGUUUAUUUCUUAACCUUAUCUUUUAGAUCUUUUAGGUAAAAAAAAAGGAGGACUACUUUUUUCCUUGUUCUGUUGGCUACGCACGGCUCUUGGCAUAUUUGCUACCACUGCUCUUUGUCAACUAAUACGGGAAGGUAGGGUACUCCAUAAAAAAAAAGAGGGAAAAUGUCAGCUCCUUCUGCUAGUGGUGCCUCGGUUCUUCGUUGUCCGGUGAUUUUUGAUGGCACUAAUUAUUGUGACUGGGUUCCUCGUAUGCGGCUGCAUAUGCGUGGUUUACGUCUCUGGGAGUUUCUUACUGGCGAGCUUCGUUGCCCGCCCUGUCCUACUGCUCCUACGCAGCCAGUGAUUACAGAGAAGGCUACUGAUGCUGAGAAGACGUUGUUGUUUGCUGAUUUUGCUGAUCGUCAGGCAUCUUAUGAGUCUCGGUUCAGUACAUACAGAGCAUGGUUAGAUGAAGAUGCUAGAGCUGGUUCUAUUCUUACUGCUAGUAUGGUGGACCGUAUUGCUGCGGAUAUUGUUGAUUUUGGGUAUGCAUCUCAGAUGUGGGCUUUUCUUCGUGAUCGUUAUGAGCCUACUGGUCAGUCCACCUACCUUGCUGCUAUUCGUCAGGAGCAGCUGUUGCGGCAGGGUGAUUCUACAGUUGAGGAUUUCUUUGCUCAGAUAUCAGCUAUUUGGCGUCAGCUUGAUACUCUUGGUCCGCAGCUAUCACCUGAUACUUCCACGUCCUGCCGAGCUGCUUGCUCGCCACCCAUGUGUCUCUCUGAUGGAUGCUCUUGCUAGUGUUCGCAAUGAGGAGACUUGUCUUCGUGUUGCCGGCCUGUUGCAGUCCUCUUCAGUUUUGGCUACUCGUUCUUCGUCGUCUUGUACCACUGCUGCUUCGCAGACACCACCUUCCUCGGUAGCCCCUCCUUCUGCACCUGGAGGACGUGGUGGUCUUCAUUGUGAUUACUGUGAUAAGGAUGGUCAUGUUGAGGCAUAUUGUUAUUGGAAGAAGAAGGCUCAGGCUCGUCAUUCUUCACAGGGUACUGGUAGUGCUGGUGCUGGAGGCUCUCAGAGGAGUUCUGCUACUUCAGAUACACAGGAGAUGCUCAUGUUGCUUCGUCGCCUGGCUGCCUCUGCACCAUCAGGAGCUGCUGGUUCUGUGACUCAGUCUUCUGCACUUACAGGAUCGUCGCACGGGUCACCUGUUUGGUACUGGCCCUCGUCGUCAUAAUUCACAGCGUCUUUGGGAGCUUGACUGGCUUCGUCUUCCUUCCGCUGCCUCUGCCAGUCAGUCCGGCUCUGCUUGUGCUGCUUCAUCCACAUC